CCCGGUGUCCCUUGCCAUGUAGUCUUUUAAGCUAAGUUGAAACAUAUACGUCCUUUCUUUUCUUUUUUUAGAAUCUAAUAAGUGUCUGAUUUAUAUGCCCCUCUUAAUUAAUUUUUGGUAGAUAAUUCCGUCGUUCUCUAGCGAGACUCCAAUAAAAGCCGGGACAAAACAUCAUAUCAACUCUGUUUUUUGUUCUAUCUAUUUCUUGGCUUCUGAUUAAUACUACCCUUUAAGUCUCUUGGUACCGUCAUAAAGAUGUAAUCUUGACUAGAUUUUGUAUUUAUUUAAACUCUGUUACUCAUCAGCUGUUUUGCUUGCGUUUAUAAAUACCCUCAAAACCCAAAGAGCCUUUUAUUACAUCUCAUCUCGCCCUUAUAAAAGCGACGUAUUACCCAACUACAAUUUCUCCAUCUCAGCUUCGUUCAUUUUUCCUCCUCCUAAAAAAUUCGUACCUCUUCAAAUGGCUCAGAAGAAGGUGGUGUUGAAGGUCAUGACUAUGGCCGACGACAAGACGAAGCAGAAAGCAAUAGAAGCCGCCGCCGAUAUCUAUGGGGUUGAUUCGAUUGCGGCUGAUCUCAAGGAUCAGAAGUUAACAGUAAUCGGAGAGAUGGACCCGGUGGCGGUGGUGAAGAAAAUGAAGAAAGUCGGAAAGGUGGAUAUAAUCUCGAUUGGCCCUGCAAAAGAAGAGAAGAAGGAAGAAAAGAAGGAAGAAGGCAAGAAGGAUGAGGGCAAGAAAGAAGAGGGCAAGAAAGAGGAGAAGAAAGAAGAAGGCAAGAAAGAGGACAAGAAAUAAUAAAAAGCUGUAAUCCAACAAAUUCCCCCAGUUACCAUCGUUUCCCACUUCUACUACCCCAUUGGAAUAAAUCUCCGCGGGGAAAUUUUCCAAAAAAAAAAACAAGAAAGAAAAAGAGGAAAAUUGAGCAGAGAUUUUGCUACUGUAAUUUUUCCUGGGGAGGUGAUUUUGGGUCUUUUGAGUAAAUUACUAUGCAGAUGUUUUAAUUUGAGAUGAUAGCUGAGCUCAAGUCCGUUGUAUCUAAAUUCCUCUAUUCAUAUGCAUUUUCGGCCGUUGAUCAAGUUAAAA